CGCAGCAUCGCGAUAUCGUGAUGUCAAACCUAGCUAAUACAUGAAGACACAAAGGCCGAGGGAUGCUGGUUGCGCUGUCAGGUCAGGCUUGUUUCGGCAUGAAUCCUGCCUGAAUGAGUGAAAUCCGAGUCAACAUACUCUCAGUCUUCUCGAGUGGAGCGAGUACUCGUGACUCUGCGACAUGGGCGCUGGUGCUUGCGAGACUUCUUUUGUAUUGUAUCGGCAACUCGUCCAUUUGUCAAUGGCCUUACAUCGUGGAUUGAUAGAUAUUCUCGCCGUUCUUGAUGGUCUGUGACCAGCGGUGUGCCAGGACAUGCACUGCCUGAAGUGCGGCUUGAUCGAGAGCCAAUGCUCAAUAUGCCGAGUAGUAUUUAUUGAGCAGUAGCGACGUCCGAGCACUCAGUGCGUGUUUGUGUUCGUGUCGGAUAGGAAUAAAAUAAUCACGCUCCGUUAUCGCUGAAGUACUGCUUAGCAUAUGAAAUGGGGACCAGAAUAGCGGAGAGGGAAUUCUGCCAUUUCGGAUGUCUUCUCCGCUGGCGGACGACUCUAUCGCUGUGGAUCCUCGUUGCCGUGAGCUGCUCGAGUGUGACGUGCCAAACGGCAGAGGAGAAUGAACAAGAUGGAUGCAUGGUGUCGUAUCUGCGUAUGAUCGGCAUGGACCGGCGCAUCAUCCAGGAGCUGAACAUUGUGCGCCGGUUGGCCAACGUCGGACUGGACAUGCCGACGAUACGCACCGGCGGCACUUACGGCUUCAGGUCACUGGUCACCCUACUGGAGAACAGGCAACUUGCACAGAUGAUCCAGGGAUGUGCGAAGGGCGAGAUGUACCAUUGCAAGUACUAUCCUCCUUGUCUGAACGGCGGAGAAUGUCGUCUGAACCGAUCAAGACGAUAUUGGUGUGACUGCACGUCGGGUUACACUGGGCACAAGUGUCAGACAGCUCCUCCGUCUGCCCGUGCUGAGCCGAGGAAAGACACAGAGGAGAGCUGUAUGGUGGCCUACUUCCGCAUGAGCGGUGUCAACGCCACCACAGUUCGCCGGUAUCAACUGGAGGAGCGCUUGGCCGUGCAUGGCCUUAAUGCUGAACGCAUCAUAAGUGGUAGAUACGACGCUGAGCUGGGAGGCGCUUUGGUAUCUAACACUAUCAUCACGGGGAUUAAAAAUUGCAUCAAGGGAAAUACUAUACAGUGCAGGCUAUUUCCACCUUGCCUCCACAGCAGCAUGUGUGACAGGAAAAGCAACUCCAAUACGUUCUACUGCCGAUGUAAAUCAGGCUACUCCGGGCGUUCCUGCACAGAUGAUAUAGAUGAGUGUGUUUCCAGCACCAGGCCAUGCAAUGCCACUCAGACCUGUGUCAACACAUACGGUAGCUACACCUGCCAGAACGGUGUUGAACCUUGUGCGGCUGGUUCAUCUUCUUGCAAUGUAAAUCCGGCGGCUGAUGAUUGCAGCCACUGCACUGAUGCUGAUUCUGAGGACGAACGGUUGUCCAACUUGCUGAGACGCGUCGAGGAGAAAGUGGAGAGGAGAAAGAAUCGCAAGACGAAGAACAAGGAGCGCUUUCGCAAGCUUCUGCUGCGCGUCAACAAGAUCGCCGAGGCCAUACGGCAGAUUGCCGGCACCAAUGGCACGGAUGUCAACGCCACCUAGAGAGGGAGGGAGAGAUCAUGGUGAUGCGAAUACAAGCCUGACAACUGAUAUGGCAACAUUAACGUGUUGAUUGGAACAUACUGGACUUGUGCUGAGUUUACACUGACAGCGACAGGCAACAGUAACCGUUCUACUAAUUUUCACUGUUGAUUUAGAAUUUCACAGUUUUAUUGAUAUGAAUUUAGGCCGAAACAGUCUGGCUGUCUGCAUCAUUGCAUCAUUGAUUUUGAAUUUUAUAUAAUUUAUCUGCACCUGCCGAAGAACUGAGUUCUAUGCGUGCUUGCUCUUUAUUUACUCGAUGUCAAACCUUCGCUCCAACACUUCCAUAUAAUUAUAUUUCCUGAUUUUCUUGCUCUUUGCUGUCGCUUUGGCCGACCGAUUUGUGUCCAUUCUCCGUCUGGAUUUGCUCCCCUACAGUCUCACCCCCGCCCUUCCUAUAGCUUUAUUGACACUUGACAGAUUCACAGCCUCUAUAAUUAUUCUGUUGAGCAAUGCUUCUUUCCUUCCUCUCUUUUGCACAAUACCACAUGUUUUUUUGGGUUGAGUGACAGUUUAUAGACGGAGCCACAUCACACGACGGCCCACUAGGCGAACGAUAUACGUUAUUACUUCAAGUGCUGUCAUUUCACAAAUUUUCGGCGUGCUUCUAUUUUCGGCACUUUCGAUGCAUCUGUUUCAUACCUAAACUUUCAAUAACCGAGCAAACACUGAUACACUUAAUUAAAUAGGGGAACUGCUUCUCUGUGCCUAAAUUUCCUGUUCACCUAAUCUGGCCUUUUGCUCUCAUACCGAACAAUAUGAGCACGUAACAUUUCUGACAUGAGAGUACAGUGAUGUACUCUUUGUUCAA